AAAGGUUCCUACUGGUCAAUGCCAUUUGAAACGAAAUACGGUGUCCUGCUCGACAACGUUUAUUUUUGUGAUUUUCAUCUGAUUUUGAGAAUCAAAAUCGGCAUUAUAUAUUUUUAGGAUUUAGGCCUACUACAAAACUUUACUGCAACUGAAUAAUGGAACCAUUGGUUUUGGGAACUUUGUGAAAACACGGAUUGUUUACAUCAACGCUCAUAAUAAUGGAGAUUCUUUUUGUCAUUUUUAUUGUGGUGUCGUCCUAUUUUAUUUUGAUAAAAUGUUCCUAUAAUCGAUGUAGAAGCAGUUUUGCAAAGUCCUGUAAACACCUGAUGACAUUCCUCUCAUGUAGAGAGAAAUCCCCCCUCGAUUCUCAAGCAAGUUAUUUAGCUGUCGAUGUGAGAGCACUGAUCGUUACUGCACAUCCAGAUGAUGAAUGCAUGUUUUUUGCACCAAUCAUUUUAGGACUUGUGGAAAUGAAAAUACCUGUUCACAUAUUAUGUUUAUCUAAGGGGAAUUUCUACAAUCAAGGCUCCUACCGUCAAGAAGAACUUUAUGAAAGCUGUGAUGUGUUGGGAUUACCAGCCUCCAACAUCUGUAUACUUGAUCGCAAAGAACUCCCAGAUACCCCUAAGGUGGAAUGGAACACUUCCUUGACAUCAUCCCUCAUCCUGAAGCAUAUAACAGAACAUUCCAUCAACAUGGUACUGACAUUCGAUGGGAAAGGAGUGAGUGGCCAUGCCAAUCACACAGCCAUCUACAAAGCUGUCAGCUAUCUUGCUUUUGCUGGGAAAUUACCAGAUGAUUGCCGUGUCCUGUCCCUGUUGACUGUUUGCAUGCUCAGGAAGUACCUUUCCUUCCUGGACGUCCCUAUCAGCUGGCUCCUCCCCUCCCAGCUCUGCUGCAUCAUUGGCUCCCAGGGGUACCAGCAAGCCAAGAGGGCCAUGUUAUGUCACCGCACACAACUCCUGUGGUUUCGUCACCUGUACAUUCUGUUCUCGCGCUACAUGCUUGUCAACACAUUCAACGUCAUCCCACAAGAACCAAAACAUGUGAAGAUAUAUUAAAGAUAUAUUAAGAUCUGCUGUCUCAUGACCUCACACAUGCACUGGUCGCACUGGUUGUGAGUCACUUGAUUGACAGUUUUUGCCAAAUGACUAGAAUGUAUGAGUUAGAAUGUAAUGACAAUCUUGAAUCUGUUUGCACUGAGUUUUUUUCUUUCUACACAUGAAUAGAUUGUUAUAACCCCUAACUACAAGGGGUCAAAUACUGACUUGAAAUUUGCAGACAAUAAAUCCGAGUCAUAAUUAUC